CGAGAGACGGCACAACCCUUGCUGCCGUCCUGGUCGCCACUCGGCCACACCAACCCCAACACCUCUUCCUCCUCCGCUCUCCCCCGACCCACUACAGGCGAGGAAGGCGACUCCUUCCUCGCGGCCGCCCGCCUCGACCCCGACCCCGACCCCGAUCGCUUCGCCUCCGCGCGCCGCCGCCGCGCGCGCAGUGUCCAUCAACACGGCCGCCCUCCGUGUGUGGGGCGCAUCUGGUGCUACCUCGCCGGGCUAGGGUUGGCUUUACCCCCGUCUACCUUUUCCGUCUCGUCUGACGCGCGCAGGCUCCGUGCACGCGGUCGUCGGCUCUCGCUCCGGUUCUGACUGCGCGCCGUCCCCCGCUUGCUCCCUCCUGCUACGGGUGGGCCACUGCUGCCGUCGCGUCCACCGACGAAUUCCCCUACAGAGCAACUAUCUUGGAGUUGGAGAUCUAUACCUGAAGAUUCAUUUGAAAUCUGGAAGCUUCUGUUGUUGGGUACAGAGAAAUAUUUCCUGCCUUUUGAGGAAGACUGCAGAUCUUCUAAAUGUGAAAUUUGCUUCUUUUCUUGUCUACUCCUGAAUGCUGAUGAACUCAGCCUCUCACGUUACUUAGCUCAAGGUCGUACUGGUACGGACACUGAGGAUGGAGCAAGCAACAGGUGUAAGUGGUCCUGAGCACAUAAUUGAUAUUCCAAGGGAAAUUGGUCCUUCUGCUUCGGUUUCUCGUAGUGUUGGUAGAGAGAACCAUGAAGAAUUGAAUCCCGUGGACAGGCCUUCAACAAGAGCUCUAGUACCUGCCUUGCAGGCACCAUCAGCAAUAGGUGCCGUACCUAAUGCAGGGCAGACUUCAGGCACUAGGAGAAAUGAUAACUAUGUUCGUCGGCACAGAAGCCCUUUGAAUUCUGGACUGUGGAUUUCAAUUGAAGUUAUCGUCAAUGUGAGCCAGAUUGUAGCUGCCAUUGUUGUUCUUUGUCUGUCAAGAAAGGAACACCCACAAGCUCCAUUACUUGAGUGGGUUAUAGGUUACACUGUUGGUUGUUUCGCCACGUUACCACAUCUCUAUUGGCGCUAUAUACACCGUAAUAUUGUAAAUGGUGAGCAUGAACCAGCACAUGCACCUCAGGGGUCUGCUCAUAACAACUCAAACGAAGCCACUCAUGCUGCAAGUGCAUCAGAACGCCGUAGAAAUGCUGCACGAAAUGCUGUGCUUGCUAAUCCUAGGAUUAAUGCGCUGUUUGACCACUUCAAGAUGGCCCUGGAUUGUUUCUUUGCCGUCUGGUUUGUUGUUGGAAACGUGUGGAUAUUCGGUGGCCGUUCUUCUGCUGCUGAUGCACCAAACUUGUACAGGUUGUGCAUUGUGUUCCUCACUUUCAGUUGCAUUGGGUAUGCCAUGCCGUUCAUCCUCUGUGCAAUGAUAUGCUGUUGUCUUCCCUGCAUUAUAUCUGUUAUGGGUUUUAGAGAAGAUACAAACAAUACAAGGGGUGCUACCUCAGAAUCUAUCAAUGCUUUGCCUACAUAUAAAUUCAAAACCAAGAAACGCCGCCAUGGUUCAGGAAGUGAAGCUGAAGGACAAGAAGGAGGGAUAGUGGCUGCAGGGACUGACAAGGAGCGAUCGCUUUCUGCUGAAGACGCUGUUUGCUGCAUUUGUCUUGCAAAGUAUGCGCACAAUGAUGAGCUCCGUGAACUUCCAUGUGCACACUGUUUCCACAAGGAUUGUGUUGAUAAAUGGCUUAAGAUAAAUGCACUUUGCCCUCUAUGCAAAUCUGAGAUAGCGGGCUCGUCUGGUACUUCUGAUGCUCGUCAAUUAGAUCAGAACGCCAUUCCUGUGCAGGAGAUCGAAAUGCAUUAGGUUGGUCUGCUCUCUCAGCUUUUCACAUAAGAAUACAUCUGAUUGUGGCUCCCCGUCUUCAUGUAUAAAGUUGGAGAUUGAUGUAUGGAAUGUAGUGACACAUAGUUUUUUUUAAUCACUGCUAUCUUGGAGAAGUUACAGCUAUUCUCGCUGUCAUCCAACAAGCCAAUACUACCCAGGUUUUCCCAACAUCGUGGAUUGCACCUUAUGUUCUGUUCUGUUGACGACAUUGCGUGACUUCUUUUGAGUCCCUACUUUCAAGUGUGAAGCAGGCAGGCGAGAUUCUUUAAUCACGUGAUCCUAGUGAUUCAUGCAUGAAAUUGAAGUUACGAAAUUCAGUUCAUGACAAAAUCUGGUAAGAGCCUGUUCUGCGCUUCUGCUUGAUAUGAGGCUGAGAGCUCUAUGAAUAAUAACGGAUGUCACCUGUUUGAAUAUGUCCAUUUUCUAUUGGUAGGCUCGAUAUGGAGCUAUAAUUGUACAUGAUAGGAGAUGAAUCUUUCUUUUUUCACUUGUGCAAAGUUAUGAUUAAACACUAAAA